AUGGAUGACAAGGGCUUGGUGGGGAAGAUUAGCGUGUCGUCGGAUUCUGUGUCGACUCUCAACAGUGAGGACUUUGUCCUGGUGUCCCGACUGGGAGACGAGACUCCCUCGUCCACUAAUAAUGGUAGUGAUGACGAAAAGACGGGACUGAAGGUGAUUUCAGAGGAAGGGGUCAGCUUUAAGAUUGUGGGAAAUGGCAGUGAGCAGCAACUCCAAAGAGAGCUAGAGGACGUCCUCAUGGACCCGUCUUUGGCCGAUGCCAAGCCGGGACCGUCGACAGGCACCGAGAAUUCGGACGUCCCGCUCGCCGCACCAUCACCUGCGGCAACAGGCACUGACCCUCUCAGUGCGGCUUCACCCAAGGUGGAAAUGGUACUUCCCGUUCAGACGGCUCAAGAGAGUGAGCUGAAUGAGCGAUCGUAUCGUGGAGACGACUCCUCAUCAGACGGUAGUCCUGGCAGUCCCAUCCCAGAUGAGGACAGUGUAGUAUUCAGCCAGCUGACGUAUCUCGGGUGCGCCUCGGUCAAUGCCCCUCGCAGUGAAGUGGAGGCACUCCGUAUGAUGAGCAUCCUCAGGGGGCAGUGCCAGGUACCCUUGGAUGUCACGCUGUCUGUGCCAGGCGUCUCCGAAGGCACUGUCAGGCUUUUGGAUCCCAACAACAGCACAGAGAUCGCCAACUAUCCCAUCUAUAAGAUUAUGUUUUGUGUGCGAGGCCACGACGGCACACCAGAGAGAGAUUGCUUCGCGUUCACAGAGAGCCACUACAAUGCAGAGAUCUUCAGGAUCCAUGUCUUUCGCUGCCAAAUCCAAGAGGCGGUGAGUAGGAUUCUGUACAGCUUUGCCACGGCAUUUCGGCGGUCAGCUAAGAAGUCGGCGGCAGCGGCGUCUCAGCAGCCGGCUCCACUCACGCCUGACAGUGACUUGUUUACCUUCACGGUCAGCCUUGAAAUCAAGGAAGAUGAUGGCAAAGGCACUUUCAGUGCCGUCGCGAAAGAUAAGGACAAGCAGAGCUUCAAACUGCGUGCUGGAAUGGGCAAAAAAAUUGUCAUUUAUGUCCAGCAGACAUCCAACAAGGAACUGGCUAUUGAGCGGUGUUUUGGACUUCUGCUUAGCCCUGGUAAGAACGUCAAGAACAGUGACAUGCACCUUCUCGACUUGGAGUCAAUGGGAAAAAGCUCAGAUGGGAAGUCUUACAUCAUCACGGGAAGUUGGAACCCUAGUACGCCCCAGUUCCAGGCGGUGAAUGAGGAAACGCCCAAAGAUAAAUUCAUGUACAUGACAACGGCGGUGGACCUCGUCAUAACAGAAGUAGAGGAGCCAGUGCGUUUCCUUCUGGAGACAAGGGUACGGGUGUGCUCACCCAACGAUCGUCUCUUCUGGCCCUUCAGCAAGCGCAACCACACCGAGACCUUCUAUCUUAAACUGCGACAGAUGGAAAGGAAGGAGCGGAAGAGUCCGUCCUCGGACUCCCUUUACCAGGUGGUGAGUUUGGAAAGUGAGACAGAGAGAGAGAAACGGAAGACCACAGCGAGUCCUGGCAUCCUUCCAGGUGGACCUGGAUCUACGGUCCCUUCUCCACCUGAGGAUGAUGAAGAGGAAGACAAUGAUGAGCCAUUACUCAGUGGUUCUGGUGACGUUUCCAAAGAGUGUGCAGAGAAGAUCCUGGAAACUUGGGGGGAUUUGUUAUCUAAAUGGCAUAUGAACCUUUCCGUACGUCCUAGGCAGCUUCCAGCGCUGGUGCGAAGCGGCAUUCCCGAAGCGCUCCGUGGGGAGGUGUGGCAGCUCUUGUCUGGUUGCCACAACAAUGACCACCAGGUAGAGGAGUACCGCACGCUUAUCACAAAGGAAUCCCCGCAGGACAGUGCGAUCACUCGGGACAUUAACAGAACAUUCCCAGCUCAUGACUACUUCAAAGACACUGGAGGAGAUGGGCAAGAUUCCCUUUACAAGAUCUGCAAGGCAUAUUCUGUGUAUGAUGAAGAGAUUGGCUACUGCCAGGGACAAUCCUUCUUGGCUGCUGUGCUACUGUUGCACAUGCCAGAGGAGCAAGCCUUCAGCGUGUUGGUAAAGAUCAUGUUUGACUACGGCCUCAGGGAUCUGUUCAAGCAGAACUUUGAAGAUCUGCAUUGCAAGUUUUUCCAGCUGGAGAGACUCAUGCAGGAAUAUAUUCCAGAUUUGUAUAACCAUUUCCUGAACGUGGGUCUGGAGGCUCACAUGUAUGCCUCCCAAUGGUUCCUCACCCUCUUUACAGCCAAGUUCCCUCUUUACAUGGUCUUCCAUAUCAUUGACUUGCUACUGUGUGAGGGCAUCAGUGUAAUCUUCAAUGUGGCGCUGGCACUUCUCAAGACAUCAAAAGAUGAUCUGAUCCAAACAGACUUUGAGGGCGCCUUAAAAUUUUUCCGUGUUCCGGUUCCCAAAAGAUAUCGCUCGGAGGAAAAUGCCAAGAAACUGAUGGAGCUGGCUUGUAGCAUGAAGAUCAGCCAGAAGAAGCUGAAGAAGUUUGAGAAGGAGUACCACACCAUUAGGGAGCAGCAGGAGCAGCAAGAGGCGCCUAUUGAGAGAUAUGAGAGGGAGAACCGUCGUUUGCAGGAGGCCAACAUGCGCUUGGAACAAGAGAAUGACGACCUGGCGCACGAGCUGGUCAGCAGCAAGAUUGCCCUACGCAAAGACCUUGAUAACGCCGAGGAGAAAGCUGACGCCUUGAACAAGGAGCUGCUGCUGACCAAACAGAAACUGGUCGACUCUGAGGAUGAGAAGAGACGACUGGAAGAAGAGUCGGCGCAGCUUAAGGAGAUGUGCAGACGAGAACUCGACAAGUCAGAAUCCGAGAUUAAGAAGAACGGCUCCAUUAUUGGGGAAUAUAAGCAGAUCUGCUCCCAGCUGAGCGAGCGGUUGGAGAAGCAGCAGUCAGCCAAUCGAGGAGAGCUGGAGAAAAUCAGAGUGAAAGUGGAGGGCUGUGACAAAUGCAGUAGCCUUUUCAACAAGGAAGGUCGCGUUCGGGCGGCCGUGUCGGCGGCGGCGCCACCCGGAGGCAGUGAGGAGACAGAUGAGGAGAAAGAAGCUUUGAAGAACCAGCUGAGGGAGAUGGAGUUGGAACUGGCUCAGACUAAAUUGCAGCUGGUGGAGGCCGAGUGCAAGAUCCAGGACCUGGAGCACCACCUCGGGCUGGCCCUCAACGAGGUGCAGGCGGCCAAGAAGACCUGGUUCAACCGAACCCUCAGCUCCAUCAAAACGGUCACCGGCGCUCAAGGCAAGGAGAGCGCCUAA